ACAAUCGUCAUUGCACUUCCCGUGUUGACCAUCAUCCAUCCAUGCAAAAUUCGUUCGUAAAAUGCCUUAACAAAAAGUAGUCCAAUACAUGCUUAAGGCGAUUUGCGUGCUGUUCGCGCUCAACAUGAGAGAGAAGUUGGGCCCAGGAAGAUGAGCAGUGGAGAUGUGAGGCUCUUGGGUGCUACCCCACUUAUUAGUAGCAGUAGCUCCUGUUGUGCGAGUUGCGGCAGUAGUAUCACUAGCGGCAUUUCCACAAGCACUGACAUCAACUUUAUGAAGUCCAACUCUCCGGCAAGCCUAAUCCAGACGUCAAACAGAGGAUUCAAGCGUCCCUCACUCCGAAUGGAACUGAUGAGCUGUCGACAUCACUACUUCAACAUGGAAUUUAACCCUCAUCAGGUGGGCAUCAACCCGGAGCUGAUCCUUCCCGGAGAGAGCUCCAGCUCCGAUGAUGAUCUCAGCAGUGAUGAUCAGGCGGAGAAAGCCAAACGAAUCUGCUACAUUACCGUGCAAAACAAGCAAGGCCAAUUGGAACCCAUUCAAUUGGAAGUGGACGACAACCAAUUCACGACCAACAUACCUUUGCUAAACUACUUGAAAGAGCAAGAGGUGGACCGAAUCUCAUCGGGUACGGCAGACCAAGUGGAGCAGUCCACCAGGAAGUCAAUGAGUUCCCUUUUCCGCAAGAACUUUGACCAUUGUCCCAACGGCUCCUUGGAAGGAAUUGACUUGGAAGCAUCCCUGAUGAAUAUUCGGAAACGAACGGAUUCCAUCAUGACCAACGAUAUGGUCAGUAAACUGAAAGAAGAUCGCAAAAGAAUCGUAGCCAAAGGAGGACAGUGCAACGUAGUGCUGAAAAAGGUGUCAAAGAAAAGGCGAAAGUUCAUAUUGGAUAUCUUCACGACUGCAGUGGACAUGCCUUGGCGAUGGACUUUGAUGCUCUUUGCUACCAGCUUUUUCGUGAGCUGGUUCAUUUUUGGCGGCAUAUAUUGGGCCAUUGCCUGGUUUCAUGGCGAUUUGGAGCCCGACAAUUUGCCUAAUGGGCUGAACCAAAGGUCAGGCAAUUUUACCCCGUGCGUCUGGGCUAUCAACAACUUUUCUUCGUGCUUCUUGUUCAGUGUGGAGACUCAACAUACCAUUGGUUACGGGUCUCGGCAGACCACGGAAGAAUGCCCCAGUGCCAUCAUUGUCAUGUGCAUGCAAAGCGUGAUUGGCGUGAUCAUCAGCGCGUGUAUGGCCGGUAUCGUAUUCGCCAAAUUGGCCAGGCCCAAAGGGCGUUCCCACACGGUAAUGUUAUCCAAGAAUGCUGUCAUAUCGCAGAGAGAUGGGGAUCUCUAUCUUUUCUUUCGAGUGGGAAACAUGCGGAAGUCGCAUCUAAUCGAGGCUCAUGUGAGGGCACAACUGAUCCACUAUCGCAAGAUCACUCAAGAAGGCGUCCAUGUGCAAUUUGAGCACACUGAACUCAAGAUAAGCUCACAAAUGGGCUCAGAAGAGGAUAGGGCUCUGCUCCAUUGGCCCAUUACAUUCAGCCACAAGAUCGAUGAAGACAGUCCUCUUUACUCUUUUGGUCCCAAGGACUUACUUUCGGCUCGCUUUGAAAUGAUCGUUUCAUUGGAAGGAAUCGUAGAACCCACGGGAAAUUCGGUCCAAGCGCGCUCGUCAUACUUGCCGAAUGAGAUAUUAUGGGGCUAUCGUUAUGAGAAUAUGGUCAGCUACUCAAGACGUCGAGGCACUUACUUGGUCGAUUGUUCCAAUCUCAAUGCGGUGGUUGAAGAUAAAACCCCCAAGUUGUCCAAAAAACAAAUGGAUGCCUUGAAAUUGGCUCGAGACAAAAGAAGUACCCAAAGCCCUUGAACACACCUGGCCGUGAUAUUCAUUUUCUUCAUGAUCAGAUCAGUGAGCGUGAUUUCUUAAUAAUGCCAAAAUUGUGAUUUCCUCAUUUGCUAUAUAUUGUUCAUUACCAGUAAAUUGACUCUUACUGUUUUAGGGACA